UGUGACCUGCGCCACAUUGAGGCCAGAUGAGCCGAUAUGUUGUCAAAAACAUAAAUUCAUUGAGAACAGCGUCUUUUUCUUUGUUGCCGGAUUCGGGGUGAUUUGCGUUCAUUCUUGUGACUAAGGUGCUGUCACGUCUCAUUCGACCAAUCGUGGCUCAGCAGAGGAGCGAGACACCUAUAUAAAAGCAGACUCCAGGUCAGCUGUCAUGUAGACUAGAAAGGUGUGAUGAAUGUGGAGGCUGGAGUGAUGGUAGAGAGCAGGGACACUUUUCGUAUGGGCCGUUUGUGUAGCGUUUUCUAGCUUUUCACGCGCAGUAGAAACUCUGGUGUGUGAGUCCUGGUCCCCAACUUCAAAGAUGGAUGAAAUAUUUAACUACAGUGGCGCGCUGAACCGAAGUUCGCCUGGCGAUGAGAAAUUUAGUUUCGAAGACAUCGACGUGAGCGCGGACGGCACCCCCAUCCUGAGGAUACUUAUCUCCGUGGUUUACUCUGUAGUUUGCGCGGUGGGUUUGGUGGGGAACCUGCUCGUCUUUUUCCUCAUGAGGAUACGACAAGGUCGAAAGAGGUCCACCAUCAACGUUUUCAUCAUCAACCUGGCGGUGACGGACUUCCAGUUUGUUCUCACUCUGCCCUUCUGGGCGGUAGACACCGCGCUGGACUUCAGCUGGCCGUUUGGAGACGCCAUGUGCAAAAUCAUCCUCUCGAUCACGGUAAUGAACAUGUACGCCAGCGUGUUUUUUCUCACCGCCAUGAGUGUGACCCGCUACUGGUCGGUGGCCUCUGCUCUGAAGAAGAAAACUUACAGGAGGUCAAGGUGCGUGAAGUGGGUGUGCGCGGUGCUGUGGGUGGCUGCCACGGUGGCCACGGCUCCGACGGCGAUCUUCUCCGCCGUGACUGUUGUCGCGGGAGAAAAGCUCUGCCUCCUCAGGUUUCCUGAAGGGCACGACUGGCUCGCCCUCUAUCACAUCCAGAAAAUACUGAUAGCCUUCAUCAUCCCCAUGCUCAUAGUCUGCAUCAACUACGUGAUGCUGCUGCGCUUCGUGAGACAGAGGAGCAUGGGCAGCAGUAACCCCAAACGGAGAUCUAGAGUCACCAAAUCUGUCGCUAUCGUGGUUUUGUCUUUCUUCUGCUGCUGGAUGCCAAAUCAUGCCAUCACCUUCUGGGGUGUCUUGGUCAAAUUUAACGCAGUCAACUGGGAUAAAGCAUAUUACAUGGUGCACACGUACGUGUUCCCGGUCACGGUUUGUUUGGCGCACGCGAACAGCUGUUUGAACCCGGUGCUUUACUGCCUGAUGAGGCCAGAGAUCAGGAAGAUGCUCAGCGGUUUGUUUUGGAGAGUCCCCACUCCAUCCGCCACCAAGGGCUGCGCGACGCGCUCUUUUACGCAGGGAGAGACCCGGGGAGUCGUGCCUCUCCAGAUUGUGGACAGCGGAGAGUACACUCUGUCCAUCAUAGACCGCAAGGGCUUAUCAAGUUCCAACAUGAUCCCGUACUCUCGCUAACUUCAGACUGAUGAAAAACUAAUCGAAGCUGCUACUUUGUUUUGUUCUGGUUGUCCAACUGUAACUGUGAUUAUUCGUGCGCAAUGCUUUUUGCUCGUGUCCGAGUCUGAACAUUUUAAGGGCAUUUAAUACACAUACAUAUCAUGUGUUUGUCACCAUGGUAUAGAUUAUGUAAAACAAGUGUAGCGUGGCAUUUCCUUAAUCCCCAAAACGUUGGUUUGUUGAUUCCAGUGAUGGAAUAAACCAAUGUGCAUUGAAUUUCUCUUUCCUUUCUCCUUUCUUUAAAAUACAACUGAACGGACUCGCCAUGUGUAAGAUCAAUUUUAUGACACACCUGCCUUUCCUUGACUGUGAGGAGAGACAGAAAAGGGGGGGGGGGGGCGGAUGUCAGGUUUGAUUAUGUCCCGGACAUAAUCAAACCUGAGACAUGUUGGAUAUGGAGAAUAAAAUAAAAUCACAAGGACUGAAUGUUUUCUAUUUGUGUACACCGUGUAAAGUCUGAGUGUAAAUAAAUGUUGUUUUCCACUGA